AUUUCCCUUCCGGAGAGGUGAGCGGAAAGGGUUGCUGCAGUCGACCCGGAGUUCAGGACGCGAAAGUUCAGGACGCAGGGGCUGCACCAUGGCUGGAUACCUCGGCCUGUGGAUACUCUCGAGUUAUAUAAUCUUUGGAAACGGACUUCAUUGGGAGAUUCUUGGCGGAAGGCAAGAGCAAGUAUUCCAUCAGAAGAGCCUAAUCAGGCAAAAGCGAGAAUGGAUUGUCCCACCUUCCGAGAUCUGGGAAGAGCGUGACAAUUCCCAGAAGAACCCAAUUGCUAAGAUUCGGUCUGACAAAGAUGUUGAACCAGGAGAAAUUAUUACUUACACCAUUUCUGGCCAAGGAGUCACAGAACCACCAUAUCAUUUAUUCGUGAUUAAUGGGAAAACUGGAGAAUUGAACAUAACAGGAAUAGUCGAUCGGGAACAAACACCAAUGUUUCAUCUGAAAGGCUAUGCCAUGAAUCAAAGAGGUGAAAAUCUGGAAAGGCCACUGGAUUUGCGGAUUAAAGUGCGGGAUAUAAAUGACAAUAGCCCAGUGUUUUCACAAACAGGUUUUAGUGGUUCUGUUGAAGAAUUGUGUGAAGUGGGUACUCUUGUGCUGAAGGUAAAUGCAACUGAUGCAGAUGAGCCCAAUACACUCAACUCCAAAAUUGCUUUUAGGAUUGUUUCCCAAGAACCUAAUGACCCUAAUGCAUUUGUCAUUAAGCAAGAAACAGGUGAAGUUAAGACAGCAACAUUCCAGCUUGACAGAGAGGUACUUCCUUCUCUCAUCAUAUUCUUUCAAGGGUUUCUUAUUUAUCUAGUUUCUAAAAUAAAUUAUGAAGAAUUACAGACAAUGGACUUGAAGAUAGUAGUUUCUAACAAAGCAGCGUAUCACAAAUCAAUUAUCAGUCAAGUUUCCCAAGUAAAACCAAUUUCCGUCAAAAUUAAUGUGGAAAAUGUGAGGGAAGGCCCCGUAUUUAAGCCCCAAACGUUAGUGAUUAAGACAAUGGAAACAAUGAAAAUAAACCAGAUUAUUGGAAGCUAUCAAGCUUAUGAUGAAGACACUCAAAAAAUAGCACAACGCAUCACGUAUGCCAAAGGAAGCGAUACUGCAAAUUGGUUGAUAAUAGAUGCUAAAACAGCUGAGAUCAGACUACGUAAAGUCCUAGACUAUGAAUCACACUAUGUCAUCAAUGGUACUUACACUGCAACAAUUUUGGCCAUAAGUACUGACUACCCUCCAAAAACAGCUACAGGUACCAUCGUUAUUCAGAUUGAAGACAAGAAUGAUUACUGCCCAAUUCUGGUGAAUCAAAAAACAAAUGUCUGUACUGAUACAAAGUAUAUUAAUAUCACUGUUGAGGAUCGAGAUAGACAUCCAAAUGGUGGUCCUUUCACUUUCAAGAUCAUUGAUGAACCUGAAAGAAUAUCAGACAAAUGGAGAAUUGGCCUGAUAGUUGGAUCCAGAGCUCAGCUGAUACUCGAGGAUGUGACACCUGGCAUAUACAGAAUUCCUCUUUUAAUAAAAGAUAAACAAGGUUUCAGCUGUCCUGACCAACAAGUACUGGAAGUGAACGUUUGUGAUUGCAAGGAUGGCACUGGUUGCCAGGGUAGAAUUGUCAACUCCUCUGUUUUCCUGGGACCCGCUGCAGUUGCGCUCAUGAUCUUGGCAUUGUUGCUGCUACUCCUCGUGCCUCUCUUACUGCUGGCCUGUGGCUUUGGGUCAGGCUUUGGAUCAAGUGGUGGAAAAGGAUUUGUAGCUAUACCUGAUAACAGUGAAGAAAUGUUGCGUAACUGGAACAGUGAAGGAGCAGCACCUGAAAAUAAGGCAAUCCUGGACCUCCUUACUUCCUCCGGAUCAGAAAAAUAUAUGAGCAGUGGAGAAGUAGUCGUGGGAGCAGGAACAGCAGCAGCAGCAGCAGCAGCAGCAGCAGGGAACAGCUUCUCCUGUACAAUCAAGGAGCAGAACAUGAGCAGCAACACGAUCUCGAGAUGGCGAGAAGACCGAGAAGCUCUUUUUUCUGAGGCAGAAUUUAUAAAUGCCUCAGCCCCAGGGGUGGGCUUGACAGCAGGUGGGACAAUGCUGCUAGGAGCUGGCAGAACUUUAGCCAUGGAUACUGGCAUGAUCAUGAAUGAAGAAUUUUUACGGGGUUACUUCAAUGAAAAAGCUGAUGCUUUUGCUGAUGAGGAUGAAGUGCAUCUUGCCAAAGAUUGCCUACUCAUUUACUCCCAGGAGGAAGAGCACGAUUCCCCUCAUGGUUCAGUUGGCUGCUGUAGCUUUAUUGAUGGUGACUUUGAUGAACAUUUCUUGGAUGACUUGGGAGACAAAUUUAAAACUCUGGCUGAGAUCUGUAUGGGCAAACCCACAGGCCUAAAAACAGAGCAGUUCAGCUCUCAUACCCAGAAAGAUACAACUAAUCGUUCAAUGAAUGGAUCCGGUCUGCCAUACUCCCAACAGCAGAAUGUGGUGAAUGCCGAACAUACUUAUUCAUCAGGGGCUGCCUACAACCUAUCUGAACCUGUGAAAGGUUUUGGUUCAGAAACAAUGACUGAGAAAACAAUAACUGAGUCAACUGUUACAUCUAAGUCUAACCUCCAGCCAGUGAAGCGAAUCCCAGACCCCAUGAUUAGCAGCAGCAGCAGCAGCAAUGUUGUAGUGACAGAAACAUCAUAUGGGACGGUACCAUCAACAGUCAUCCGUGAACCUCAGAUUAAGGAGAAUGUGGUAGUGACAGAAAGGGUCCUUGCACCUGCUUCUAGCUUGCAUGACAUGUUAGACAUGCCGGCUGGUGUCUUCCCAGACCUCCCAGAUUCAAAAUAUGUUGUUGUGAGGGAAAGGGAGCGAGUCCUUGUCCCUAGUUCUGACUUAAAGGCUUCUGUAAGCAUCCCCAAUCUGUCAGAAGAACAGAAUAUAAUGAUAACAGAGAGAGUAGUGACACCAACUCCUGUUAGGCGGGCCACAACUGAAGCAGGCACUUUUCCUAACAAUGAGAGGCAGGAACAGAUUUUAAUUUCUGACUCAUUCUUUAACCAAAGUAGCCCACAAGAAGUGCUUCCCACAGGUUCAACCUUAAGCAAGUCCUCAACGGUCAAACAAAAAUAUAGUACUGUACAAUAUACACGCUCAUAGGUGGAUUUCCACCCAUCACUUCAUAUAUACUAUUUAGCAAGGGAGGAUUUAUUGAUUGCCUUCUCAAGAGCUUGAAUAUGGUGUUUCACUUUCCUAACUGCUUUUUAACAAUCCACAAGAGUGCAACUUUAAAACCAUAUACUAGGUGCAAUUCCUCAUUGUGUAAUUGUGUAAAGCAGGAUUUAUUUUUGAGAAAUUAUUCAUGAGAUAGCUCUGUUAAAGAGUUCCUGAAAGAAACUCCCCAAGCUUACACAGAUAGAAAAUAAUAUUGUUUAUUGAAAGGGCAACAUAUUUUUUUCUAUGACUCCAAAAUCAAUAUAUUUUUAGUCUGGUUGCUAAUCCAAUUGAAGUUAGCUCAGUAUUCAUUAUGCAGCAAAUUCUACUGGCUUGCACCAUGAACCUAAAUAGAUUUUUUUAAUGAAUUCAUGGGGUUUAUUGUUUCAACAAUACUGUGUGUGUGUGUGUAUCAACAAAUUUGAAUAUAUUUCAAUUUAGUAAAAUUGACUUCAGAAAUGUAUUUUUAAGAGUGCAGUAUUCGCUAUCAGUGGGGUUUAUUCUUCAGUUAGUACAGUCGGGAUACAGCCUUAAAACUACAAUUUUAACUGGUGUGUUAUUCAUUGUAUACAUAGGGAGCAUUCCAAGUCUUUAAAAGAAUGGAUAUCAUUUCAUUUAAAAAAAAAUAAGUUCUAUAGAUUUUUAUAAAUUCUUUACUAAUAGAAACUGAAUGAAACAGGGUUUUAUUUCUUGUAUUUAUAUAUCCUUUUCGAGAUGAAUUAGUUUAUCCGCGUGGUUUGUUCAGAUAUUGUAUUUGAACAAGGUAAUAUAUUUCGCAAGGCAGAAUUCCAUCUAGUGUGUUUUUUUCACCAGAUGUCAGAUAUCAUACAACCAUAACAUAAAAAAAUUAACAUUUGUGUUAUCUCAAAAUUUCUGGCAUUCCAAAAAAUAAAUAAAUUUACUUUUUUUAAAAAAAA